AUGCUUCCUCCGUCCCCUCUACUGCUCGUUUUCCCCGCCGCGCUCUUCUGGGCCGCGCAAGGUGCCGGGGACCUCCAGGGCGUCACCUUCCCCGCUGACAGCGCAGGUUUUGACCCGGCAGACCCCUGCAUGGUGGUGUCUCCGCCAUGUAUGAGCGAGGCCGAUCGCUUCAGCUUGGAGGCUCUUCGGAGCAUCCAUCAGAUGAUGGACGAUGACCAAGAUGGCGGGAUUGAGGUGGAGGAGAGUGUGGAGUUCAUCAUUGAAGACAUGAAGCAGCAACAGACCAACAAACACAGCAACCUGCACAGAGAAGACCAGCACAUCACAGUUGAGGAGCUCUGGAGAGGCUGGAAGUCAUCCGAAGUACAUAAUUGGACUCAGGAUGAUGUGCUCCACUGGCUGAAGGAGUUCGUUGAGCUGUCACAGUAUGAGAGAAAUUUUAAAGACUUUAAAGUCAAUGGAAACACGCUUCCCAGGAUUGCAGCUAAUGAGCCUUCAUUCCUGAGUGGCCAGCUAAGAGUUCAGGACCAGAGAGACAAACAGAAGCUCACCAUCAAAGCUCUGGAUGUUGUCCUGUUCGGACCACCUACACGCCCCCCUCAUAACUACAUGAAGGACCUACUCCUCAUUGUGUCAGUUGUGAUGGGAGUUGGUGGCUGCUGGUUUGCCCAGGCGCAGAACAAAUCCAGCAAAGUCCACAUAGCCAAGAUGAUGAAAGAUUUAGAAAGUCUCCAGAGAGCUGAACAGAGCCUCAUAGAUCUGCAAGAACAACUGGAGCGAGCCCAGGAAGAAAAGCGUAAUGUGGCAGAGGAAAAACAGAGCCUGGAGGAGAAGAUGAGAGAUGAGAUCAUGGGGGCACAGGAAGAGGCUCACCGUCUGCACGAGCUGAGGCAGGGAGCUGUCAGUGAGCUGAGCCGCCUCCGAUAUGCGGAGGAGGAGCUGGAACAGGUCCGUGGAGCACUGAAGCAGGCCGAGAAGGACAUGCAGGCCAGUUGGACUGUUUCAGAGGUGCUUCAGCAGUGGCUGCAGCUGACACAUGAGGUAGAGGUGCAGUACUACAAUGUUAAAAAGCAAGGUGCAGAACUACAGCUUGCAACUGCUAAGGAGGAGGCAGAGAGGAUUAAGAAGAAGAGGAGCUCCGUACUGGGGACGCUCCAUGUUGCCCACAGCUCCUCUUUAGACCAAGUUGACCAAAAAAUUCUGGAGGCAAAGAAUGCCUUGUCUGAAGUAACAGCCUGCCUGCGGGAGCGUCUUCAUCGCUGGCAACAGAUUGAGCUCCUCUGUGGCUUUCCCAUCAUCAGGAAUCCUGGCUUAGCAAACCUCACCGCUCAACUCUACUCCGACUCGAUCGCCCUGGGAUUGCCUAGAUUGUCCCAGUCAUCUUGUUCAUGCCACAGCUCCAUUCAUGGUUCCAUAGAGGAUCUUUUAGAUGAGUCUACCUCUCCAAUUUUACCUCAGAUGCCAGUUUCUGUUGCACCACUUAAACGCUCUCCCCGAGCACGGGUAUCCAUACGUCGGUCACGUCGUUCCGGGGUCAUUCCUCAACCACCGGCCGCCAUGAUCUCCCCAGACCCUGACCUUCUCAUCCCCAUUCGAACUUCCUACCCUUGCUAUGAUGGGGAAGAGGAGCAAUUCUUAAAAACACUAAAAAAACAAGAUUCCCAAGAGAGGUUCUCAGAGUCAGAGUAUAUCACUUCUCCUCUCAGCAAACUGUUCCCCAGUUCUGCUGUUGACAUUUCCUCUCGAAAGCUCUAUCACGAUGACACCGAGCUGCACGCUGAGAGCCCUGUUACGAAAACUUUGUUUAAAGAAGCAGAGGCGGUUGUUGAAUCACCAGGUCACAAAAUUUCUGCAGAAGACCUUGAAACUUCUGUUGAUAUUGCCUGUAGCAAGAUGGCAAAAAACAAAGCCUCGGAUACUUCUUUGGAAACCUCUCCUUUGAAAAUGCCUACAGAAGAGUCAUUCACAGAUUCUACAUCAAGGAAGAUGUUACGCGACAGGACUGGACUUCCCAUUGAUGCUGCGCUUAAAAAGGGAAUUUCAAAUGAGACAGAUGAAGAGUUUUCACCCAGGAAAGUAGAAAAAGACACCGUGGGGGAUUUGAUGGAAAUUUCGUCAAAGAAUAUAUACAGAGAACGAAGUGAUUUAGCACUAGAUGUGAGAAAGAUGAUUUGGGAUAAAGUAGAAGCAUCAGCUGAUGUGGCACAAAGGAAGAUAUCAAGAGACUUGAUGGGGGCUUCAGUUGACUCUGCUUCAGGAAAGAUGAUGAGAGACGAUCUUGAACAUCCAUUUGACUCCAGAAGGAUGUCCCAGGACACAGGUUCCAGGAAGCACACGUUCCAUAAAGGGGAAUGUCUUGAUUCCUCUGUGAGGGCAUUAGCAAAAGACAAAAUGGUUGAGACAGCUAGAACACCAUCAAGAAAAAUAUCUAGAGAUGAGCUGGAGUAUUGUACAGAUGUUGCUUCAAUAAAGAUACUUAACAGAGAGAAACUUGAAGCACUUGUGGAUACAUCAUCCUCCACAGCGAUGCAAGAGUUUUGUCUAGAGCCAUCAACAAGUAAAAGUUUACAGAGAAAUGAACUUGAGAUGUCUGCUGGUUCUCUCAGAAGGAGAAUGGCGAGAAUGCCUAAAGAGGAUGCUGAAAGCUCCAUAGACACUCCCACUAGAAAAAUCUCUUGGGAUAGAUUUGAUAUUCCAAGAGAAAUGCCUAAACAAUUCAUAGUGAGGGAGGAGUUGGGGGUAUCAGAAUCAGGGUCACUGCCAGCUCGACAUGUACAGCCAGACCUUAUGUUAACUUCCCAGGUGCCGUGGCAGUCCUCGUCAGACUUUUUCACCGUUGGCCCGCUGAGCCAGCUUGUGUAUGAUGGGAUCCUUGAAAAAUCAUGCAGCUCCAUGUUCUCAGCACCAAACCUCUCUGCCGGCAGGCUGCUAGCAGAGAUGGAGCAGCCACUGCCGCCGCCACCGCCAAGGGUUGUCCUCCCAGCUCCUUCAUCAUCGCCCUCUGAGGCUGCAGAUGACAGGAGCAAGGAUAAGGAAAAGAGCAAGAAGCCUUUAAAGCUCAAAAAUCUUUUUAAAAAGAAGAACGAGCAAACUCCAGAGAAGCUUUAA